UCAGGAUAACAAGAAAAUACAGAGAGAUUAGGGAGGGAAGGGAUUUGUGCAUUCUUUCUUUUUUGUCUUUCCUUCCAUAUCUCUCUGUAAUUUUCACUUUUAAACUUUCUAAAAAAAUUUAAACUUUCUUCAAAUUUGAAGAACAACAAGAACCUUUUGAUAUUUCGUCUUCUCUGAUUCCAAGUCAAAGAUCCUUUGAUUCCAUUUCUCCUACUUGCUUUACCUAGAUUUCUUUUCCCGCUCUCCUAGGGUUCCUGUUCCUUCUUUCACAAUCUCAAGAAGGUUUUUAUCGGUUCGUUAAUUGAUUGGUAUUAAUGGGGAAUUGUUGUGGAACAGCAGGAUCGUUGAUUCUAAACGAUAAACAAAAGAAAGGUUUUAAAUUGACAAAUCCAUUCUCAAACGAUUACGGUAACCACCACGAUGGCCUUAAGCUUACCGUGUUGAAAGAACCAACGGGUAACGAGAUCAAACAUAAAUACAAAUUAGGUCGUGAGCUAGGUCGAGGAGAGUUUGGGGUCACGUAUCUAUGUACCGAGAUCGAGACCGGUGAGGUUUUCGCAUGCAAAUCGAUCUUAAAGAAGAAGCUGAAGACGUCUAUUGAUAUAGAAGAUGUCAAGAGAGAAGUUGAGAUCAUGAGGCAUAUGCCUGAACAUCCUAAUAUUGUUGCCUUGAAAGAGACGUAUGAGGAUGAUAAAGCUGUUCACUUGGUUAUGGAGCUUUGUGAAGGUGGUGAGCUUUUCGAUAGGAUUGUGGCUAGAGGGCAUUACACGGAGAGAGCUGCAGCUUCGGUUAUUAAGACAAUCAUGGAGGUCGUUCAGAUGUGUCAUAAGCAUGGAGUAAUGCACAGAGACCUAAAACCUGAGAACUUCUUGUUUGCAAACAAAAAGGAAUCCGCAUCUUUGAAGACGAUUGAUUUUGGUCUCUCUGUUUUCUUUAAACCAGGCGAGAGAUUUAACGAAAUCGUUGGGAGUCCUUACUACAUGGCUCCCGAGGUAUUAAGGAGGAGUUAUGGACAAGAAAUUGACAUUUGGAGCGCAGGCGUGAUUCUUUAUAUAUUGCUCUGUGGUGUUCCCCCUUUUUGGGCAGAAACCGAACAUGGAGUCGCAAAAGCUAUUCUUAAAUCUGUAGUUGAUUUCAGAAGAGACCCCUGGCCCAAAGUUUCUGAAAAUGCAAAAGAUCUGAUAAAGAAGAUGCUUCAUCCUGAUCCAAGGCGUCGUCUUACAGCUCAACAAGUUCUUGAUCAUCCGUGGAUACAGAAUGGUAAGAAUGCUCCUAAUGUAUCAUUGGGUGAAACCGUAAGAGCGAGGCUUCAACAGUUCUCUGUUAUGAACAAGCUCAAGAAAAGGGCACUCAGGGUUAUUGCUGAGCAUCUAUCAGUAGAAGAAACAUCUUGCAUAAAAGAAAGAUUCCAAGUAAUGGACACAAGCAAUAGAGGAAAAAUCACCAUCAGCGAGCUAGGAAUCGGAUUGAAGAAACUCGGGAUUGUAGUUCCUCAAGAUGACAUUCAAAUCUUGAUGGACGCGGGAGAUGUUGAUAAAGAUGGUUACUUAGAUGUCAAUGAAUUUGUAGCCAUAUCGGUACACAUCAGGAAGUUAGGCAAUGACAAGCACUUAAAGACAGCCUUUACGUUUUUUGAUCAAAACAAGAGUGGUUAUAUUGAAAUAGAGGAGUUAAGAGAUGCUUUGGCAGAUAAUGUUGAUACUACUAGUGAAGAAGUUGUUGAGGCCAUUAUCCUUGAUGUUGAUACCAAUAAGGAUGGAAAAAUAAGUUAUGAAGAGUUUGCAACCAUGAUGAAAACGGGAACAGAUUGGAGAAAAGCUUCAAGGCAGUACUCAAGGGACCAAUUUAAGUGUCUUAGUAUUAAGUUGAUGAAAGAUGGUUCCUUGCAGUCUAAUGGAGAUACAAAGUAGAGCUUGGAAUCUGCGACAAAGAUACUUAUCCAUCAGUCGCAGAAGAUUGAAUUGAAUCUGAAUCAAAGGGAAGAUAUAUAUAUUUGUUCUUUCUUUUUGGUGUUUUUUCUUCACUUACAAGUUACAACUUCUUGUUAGUUUCAACGGGUACCAACUAAGCUUUAGGCCUUUAUAUUGUUGAAUGAUCGAUCAUGUGAUCAGGAGAAGCCCAUUUGUGUAUAUUAACUUAAUUGUAUGUGAGGAAA